AUGUUGAGGGGGAUAUUCAACCCGAUGCAUAACGUGCACCUGAGUCACGAUCCAGAACAUAAGGAAUUUCGAAAGAGAGCUCAUCUCGCCGAGAUGAUUACUCUUGUUGAGUCGCCGCGCAAGGCAAGGAUAGUCAUCGUGCAAGAUCUGGUACCGUUGGAAGAGAGAGAAGACUCAUCCCGAGGGAGAAAAGAAAAAGACGUCUUUGCGCCUAUAAGGAGUAUGCUGCAGUGGGACCUGAGCAAGCGUAGCACUGCCAAGGAGCUGGCUGAGGAUGAGUGGUUGAAGCAGUAUUUGUGA